CCACGUAGAAGAUAGUGGUAAUCGCAACUCGGUACUCGUAAACAUUAGAUCUAUCGAAUAUUUCACGGUGUUUGUUUUUUUUUUUUUGUUAAUUAUAAACUAUUGUUGCUGCAUAUUGGCUAUAGUCUACUCUACUCGUCUACUUUUUAACUACAGUCAAUUACGAUUAAUUCGUUAUAGUGUAUCACUAGAAAAUCCAACAGUUUCUGAAAAUGGCUAAAAUUAUAGGAAUCGUUUCUAAGUUUUAUGACGAUUACACGAAGACAACAUCCAAAAAACUUAAGAUAAUCGAUGCUUAUUUAUUGUAUAUAAUGUUGACUGGAAUCGUACAGUUUGCAUACUGUUGUUUAGUAGGCACAUUCCCGUUCAACUCGUUUCUCAGUGGUUUUAUUUCAUCAGUUAGCUGUUUUGUACUCGGUGUAUGUUUGCGAUUACAAGCAAAUCCACAAAACAAAGCACAAUUCAGUGAUAUAAGUCCAGAACGUGGAUUUGCUGAUUUUAUUUUUGCACAUAUAGUGCUUCACUUAACUAUUGUAAACUUCAUUGGUUAAAUUCAACAUAAAAAUUAAAUUUAAAAAAAUAUUUUAUUGUUCCAUUUUUUUUUUCUAAAAACAUUUUGUGUAAAUAAAGGAUUAAAUAAAUACAAUUUAUACUUAUA